AAAAUAUUGCCCUUAUUUAAAAGAUAAUCUUAUAUGUUUAAAUGUAUACUCUACCUCUAUUUAAAUGUAUAUAAUUUUACAAUUAAAUAUAUUUGAGCACAAUGUAUUAUAUUCCUUUAUGUAGUUGGGUACUAAGUAAGUUCUAAUCCAAGAAUCAUGCGUCCAUCACUAGUAAAGAGAACACUUUCUAAAGUGGCAGAGGUAUCAAAAGAACCAGCAAGACAUAUAAGCUUCUUGAAGAGCCGUAUGGAUCUAGGUGGUGGUGAUAUGGAUUGGUUACGAGGAAGAGUUUUCUUAAAACCAGAAGAUCAACUAGUAUUAUCAGAUGCAGAAUUACAAGAAGAGAUUGCAAGAGUUCUGACUAUACAUAACACAAGAGUUCCAGAUUCUUUAGUUGAGUGGUCAUGGAAAUUAAAAAGUUUCAUAUUAUUACCUCCUCCACCACAUUUAAUAACUGUUCUAAGUGUUCCUGGAUCGCUAUUGCAUAAAGAUUCUGAAGAAGCUAGAAUACAAUUGGCAGGAGGACUUGUUGUGGAUACUCCUUUUGAAGAAGCCAUAUUACAUGAUGAUGAGGAAGAAAGAGAAGAAGAAGAGGAAGAAGAUGAAGAUGAAGGAGCAGAUGUUGAAGAACAAGAAGAACAUGAACCUGAACCUGACCAUGAAGAUGAUCAUGAAGAAGAAAGAGUAAAACCAAAAAAAAUACCAAAUCAAUUUAACUUUUGUGAAAGAGCUGCUUUAACUUAUACCAAUCCUAUGCGAGAAACGAGUACCCAAACAAUACCACCUCCAACAGAGACAUUUAAUACCCAUGUUUUUCAAUGGACAAUCUUUGAUGAGUAUCAAGAAGAUUUUGCUCAACAACAACGUGAAAAAGAAAGAGAAAGAAGAAUUCCAUUUCUACAACUGAAGAAGGAGGAUAUGAAGAAAAAAGCUCAAACUGAAUCCACAGCAUUAAUAUGUAGAAUGUUACAAGCUGCAAAAACAUUGGAACGAAUGGUAAAUCAAAAUAUUUUUGAUGAAAUAGCGCAAGACUACAGAUAUUGGGAUGAUCCAAGUGAUGAAUUUAAAGUUGGAGAAGGUUCAUUACUACCUUUAUGGAAAUUUCAUUAUGAAAAAACCAAGAAACAUGAUGUUACAGAUUUAUGCUUCAAUAGUAGAUAUUAUGAUUUAUUUGCAGUUUCAUAUGGAACAAUGUCAUUUAGUAAUUCGAUAAUAGAUGGAACAGUAUGCUUAUUUAGUUUAAAAAAUCCAUCAUAUCCAGAGUGGAUCUGUCCAACAGAAUCUCCCGUAAUGUGCUUAGAUUUCAGUGAACAACAUCCACAUCUUUUAGUUAUUGGUACUAUGGAUGGUGCUGUUGCUGUUUAUAAUAUUAUGUUGCCACCUACAGCCCCUCAAUAUAGAAGCAAUGAUGUUGUUCAAAAACAUGGAGGUAUUGUGUGGGAGGUGCAUUGGGCACCAGACACGGAAGAAGGUAAUUUAGCAUUCUACAGUGUUAGCAUUGACGGAAAAGUAAACUACUGGAUAUUAAGUGAAAAUAAUCUUGGUUUGACAACUGUGAUGACCCUUUUCCUGGACAGACCACCAAUACCUGGGCCAGAUGGUACUAUAAUUACACUUAAGGGUUGUGGAACAUGUCUAGCAUUUCACCCUGCAGAUCAAAAUGUAUUCUUGGUAGGAACGGAAGAAGGAACAAUUUAUAAGUGCAAUACAGCAUAUAGUAGUGUUUAUAUGAGAACUUAUAAUGAAGCACACAAUAUGCCAGUCUACCGGAUAGUAUUUAAUAAAUUCAAUUCCAACAUAUUUGCAAGUUGUUCUGGUGAUUGGAGAAUAAAAAUAUGGGAAGAUGAUAGGAUGGAACCCUUAUUUAUGUUUGAUCUUGGUGUUCCCAUUGGAGAUGUUCAAUGGGCACCAUAUAGUUCAACAGUAUUAGCUUGUGUUUCAAAUGAUGGGAAAGUUACAGUAUUUGAUUUGAAUGUAAAUAAAUAUCGACCAAUAUGUAGUCAACCAGUUGUUAGCAGAAAAAAAUAUAAACUAACUAGACUUGCAUUUAACAAUAAACUACCAUUCAUUAUAGUGGGCGAUGAUAAAGGUACCAUAAAUACAUUGAAAUUGUCACCAAACCUUAGAUUAAAAGUAAAACCAACUAAGAGGCAACUUCAUUUGACACAUAGAGAAUUAGAAAUUAUGAAAUUAGAAAAAUUAUUAAGUUUUGUACGUGAACCAGCUAUUUUACCACCACCAAAAGAUAUAAGGGUAGAAAUCUAAGCCAUACUUUUAAUCACAAAUAUAUUUGCAUGUGCUUUUUUAAGAUAAAAUCUGUUUAGAUAUGAAAAUUAUAUAUUGCAGGUAAUAAUGAUAAUUAUCACUAUUGUAUAAUACUAUAAUAAAAAAUUAUAAUAUUCUCUAAUUUUUUGUAAACAUCAACACUUUAUUAACAUUUGCUAUAACAGAAAAUACAUAUUAAUAUCUAUGUCUUUAUAUGAAGAAAUUGGCACUAAAUUUAGAAUGAUUUACAAAUUUAAACUUAUCUAUGUAGUUACUAUAACAUGUCUUCUAGACUAGAAGCAAUUAUUAACGAUUAUGAAACUACUUUAAUACAUUCCUUUGUAAACAGAAUUAUUAAAGUUUUUGCAAUUCCAUAUGUAACAGUACCACACAGUUUCAUAAUAAGUCUUUAAAUACUUUUAUUUUUAAAUACUUUUAAAGAAUAAGUUAAUGAUUUCAGAAAUAGUUUACAUUAAUUGUAUACACAUAAUAAUAUUUGUUGUUACCUGAAUUUGUAUAUGAAAUUUAGUAUGUAUUAAAAAAGGAUAAUAAUUAAGAAAAUAUCAAUGUAAAUAUCGAGUUACGUAUUUAAUAAUAGCUAAUAUUAUAAGAAAACGUGGUCCAAGUGAAAUUGUAAUAUCCUUAUAAAGAAAAAUUUGAUUAAUGGUUUUAAAAAGUGUUUUAACUCAGUAAGUUUUAAUUCAAUAGUAAGCACAAUUUCCUGUAAACUUAAUACAAGCAUUGUUAUUACACAAAUCUUAUUUUCUGAUAUUUCAAAUGUAUUAAGCACUGGCUAUCACAGUGUCUGUUAUCUUUAAUUACUUUUUAAUAUCAAAGAAAUAUUUAUAUACAAGUAGUCAUUCAAAUUAAAUGUUAUUAAACAAAUUAUUUUUUCGAAAGAAAAAUGAUGUAUAUGAAAAAAUAUAUCCAUU